AUGUGGGUUCUCUCCGUCUGUCUCGGGCUCUCUCGGCGAAUGUGGGGCACUCUCGGGGACUGUCGGACUCUCUCGGGGACUGUCGGAUUCUCUCGGGGACUGUCGGACUCUCUCGGGUUCCCUCGGGUUGUCUCUCUCCUCGCGCCCUCCGCAGCUCUCAGGACCAGACCCGGAGCCCGCUUACUCCAUCCAUCCCGUUACCUGAGCAACUGUUUCCCCGCCCCGUCCUCCCAACCAGUCAUUGCAAAGACCCGGAGUCAUGUGCUGAGGCUCCGGCCAAUCAGAGUGCGAAGAACCUCAGCAUCUCUUCAGCCAGGUUGGGACUCGCUCCCUGAGCGGGACGGACCCGGAUGUGAGGGAUUUGGCAGCACUGUGAGGAAAGUAAACCUCCAAUAUGGAUUGCACUUAAACAAGAGAAUCUCGCGCACACCCUCGAAGCAGCCGACGUUGGUGCUGUCAGAGUUGCAGUGCGCGGCGGCCGCCCUGAAGACGCCGACCAAACCACCCGAGGUCAGCAACAGUGACCCAUGGACGCCGACCGCAAACCUGAAGAUGCUCAUCAGCGCGGCCAGCCCCGAAAUCCGGAACCGGGAGCGAGAGAUGCUGGAGGAGCAGUUUUCUGGAGACGAACUUGAAAAAACACUACCGAGCCGCAAAGAAAAAAGUCUGGGCUUGCUGUGCCAUAAAUUCCUCGCGCGGUACCCCGAUUACCCCAACCCGGCCGUCAAUAACAGUAUAUGCUUGGACGAAGUUGCUGGAGAGCUGAGCGUUGAACGCAGGAGAAUUUAUGAUAUCGUUAACGUUCUGGAAAGCUUGCAUAUGGUCAGCCGCCUCGCAAAGAACAAGUACAUCUGGCACGGCCGCCAUAACCUCAACAAAACCUUCGAGGCGCUGCGGCAGGUCGGGGAAGAGUGCAAGUACACCGACCAGAUCCUCCAUCUGAAGAAACGAGAGCAGGAGGAGCCGGAGUCUCUGGACGAAGCCCCAAUCCCCAAAUCCCUGGUGAAGCAGACGGAGAUUAGCUUUGUGGAGCUGCCAGGACUGGAGUUCAGAGCUGCAUCAGUGAACAGCAGGAAGGAGAAGUCUUUACGGGUAAUGAGCCAGAGAUUCGUCAUGCUCUUCCUGGUGUCCAAACCGCAGAUUGUGAGCCUGGAAAUCGCUGCCAAAAUUCUCAUCGGAGAAGAUCAGAUCGACGAUUUGGAUAAAAGCAAAUUCAAAACAAAAAUCCGGCGUUUAUAUGACAUAGCCAAUGUCCUGAGCAGCCUGGGACUCAUAAAGAAAGUCCAUGUGACAGAGGAGAGGGGGCGGAAGCCAGCGUUCCAGUGGACGGGGCCUGACGCUUGUACAGAACCGCAAGAGUCCUUUCCUGGCCACAUUUUGCAUAGCUCCGUAGCUCUGGAUCUGAGAUCUCCUAAGGAGAAUUGUGCUAAGAAUCUCUUUUCCUCCCGUGGAAAGCAGAGCUUCACUCGCCACCAGUCUUUAAUCAAACUGGCCAGGAGUAUAGAAAACGACAGGAGGAAGAUCAACUCUGCCCCCAGCAGUCCUGUGAAGAGCGCAGAUUCCAGUGACCCCUCUGUCCCCAGCAAGAUGGCUCAACUCGCUGCGAUCUGUAAAGAGCAGCUCGAUCAGACAAAGGAUGUAAAGAAGAUGAAAAUCAAGAUGUCAAGAGGAGCCCCCAGUGGGAACACCAAGGUCAUACUAAAGCCUCAGAACGCACAGUUGCAGCCUCUCAGUCCGGUUAUUUACCAGGCUCUGCCUCUCGUCCAGCCUCACGCCAACUCCCCGACCCCUUAUGCUGUCUAUCUGCAGCAUCCUCACAGUAUUCAGGGACACACCAUCCUGUCUGCUCAGAAACCUGUGCUUGAAGCAGCUCAUGGUGAGAAGAACGCAUUGGAAGAUGACAAGAAGGUACCUGUAUCCGGUGGGCCAGCUGAGAAUGAUUCUCCACAUGAGAAAUGUUACAGGAAACUCCCAGAACCUGACAAUAGCGGCUCCAAAAGGAUUAAAGUUUCGGGACAAGAGGAUUUGGCUGAGCGAAUGAUCCCUUCCGGUUAUCUGAUCCCCUUGCAACUAGCAUCGAUCGGCAAUGAGUCUGGGAAAGAUCACACCACUUCCUGUACAGAUCAGAAGAUAUUCACGUCUCCUGUCACAGGACUCAUCCCACUGAAGUUCAUGUUAUCGCCGGGCUCGGUGGCUCCUAUGCCUGGGACUGCUUCCGGUUCUUCCUGCCCUAGUCCUGGGAUACUGAACUUCACCCUACACAACAAGGACCUGAUAUCUCCUCCUUGUGGCAGCUCGCACCCCAUUACCAUCUCUCCACGAAACAGGAAACAUCAAGAGGAGCUGCAGGCAGCCCAAAUGUUAAACUUUAAACACCUUUCGCCCAUCCCAUAUCAUGGGCAGCCCUUCACACUCUUCGCUGUACCGCAGGCAGGGGUUCCUCUCACUCCUAAAGGAUCUCAACCACUCAAGGACAACUUCUUCCGCACCCCUGGGGGUGUGACAUCUUCACCGAUCGCAUCCGCUACUCCUAACGGAGGAUCUCAGGGACCUGUUUACAUAUCGCAAAGAAAACUCGACGUUGGCGGAGAGGAUUAACAGGAGACCCGUUUCCUGGUCUUACCAUCCUCCAAACAAUCUUUUAGGGUCUGUUUCCUAAAUAUGUAGGAUACUGAGAUCCAAAUGUCAUGUCAGACUCUCAGGAAUAUCUGAGGAAAAACUAGCGGGGCA